AUGGCAAAUAUGAUGAAGUUUCAGAACCCCAUCAUUCCGGGCUUUGCGCCAGACCCCUCAGUCGUCAUGGUCGAUGGGACCUUCUACCUCGUCACCUCAUCCUUCCACGUCUUUCCCGGCCUACCAAUCUACGCCUCCCGUGACUUACAGAGCUGGAAGCAUAUCGGUAACGCAAUCAACCGCCCAGAGCAACUCACCCUUGCCAACGCGGGUACAAAAUCCUUCACCCUAGACACCGGCCACACAAUGAUCGCAACAGGCGGUCUCUUCGCCGCCACGAUCCGUCACCACCGCGGGAAAUUCUACAUUGUCUGCACGAACUGCGGUUCUUCAAAUGGAUCGUCCGACCUAGAAAACUUCAUCAUUUAUACCUCUGACAUCUGGGCCGGAGAGUGGAGUGACCCUGUGUCAGUAGACUUUCACGGCAUCGACCCAAGUCUCUUCUUCGAUGACGACCGUGUAUACUUCCAGGGCUGCUUCGUCAUGGAUCGCUCCAAGCAGCCGAGUUGUACGAUCAAGCAAGUUGAAGUCGAUGUUCUCACUGGGAAACAACUCUCCGAGCAACGUGAGAUUUGGGGCGGAUACGCGAGAUACGACACCGAGGGGCCGCAUGUGUAUAAAGUUGACGGGUGGUACUACCUCCUCGUAGCCGAAGGCGGGACUUUUGAGCACCACAUGCUUUCAAUCGCGAGAUCAAGAGACAUAUGGGGACCGUACGAAAGCUUCGAAGGGAACCCGAUCAUGACUGCGGAUGGCAAGGACGAGUACAUCCAGAACAUCGGUCACGGGGAACUAUUUUGGGAUGCGGAGGGAGCGUGGUGGGCUGCAGUACUCGGCGUCAGGAGGGAUGGUGGCGGAUGCGCUGCCUUGGGACGCGAGAGCUUUCUUACGCCUGUUGAGUGGCCUGAGGGGGGGUGGCCGCGGAUACUUCAGCCUAAGAUGAACUUUGAGAGGGAGUUUGGGGAGGUUGUGUCGAGCCUGGAUGUACAAGCUUCGAAACCACCCGCCGGUGUCGCGAAUGUCUUUAUCAGGGACCCCGACUUUUCCAAGUACCGACUCUCUAAGGAUGACGAACACAGAGUCACACUCUUGCCAAGCCGCAACGGAUUCUCAAGUCCCACCGGAACUUGCACUUUUCUCGGGAGAAGACAGAGAUCUUUGGCAAGUUACGCCGUGGCUUCUCUCGACCUAGAUAACGACACGAAGUCAGCAAGAGGGCUUCGAGCAGGUUUGGCAAUGUACAGAGACAGCGUCCGUCACGUCUCGAUUGCUUACGACUCUGAUGCUGGAGCCGUCAUCUGCCAUGCCUUCAAUUCUGCGACUGGCCUCGAUAAGGUCUUCCCAAAAACCCUUCCUCUGGGGAACAAGACACGAAAGAUAAGUUUCAAGAUCCAAGCCUCGGAAACUGAGUGGAAGUUCUAUGCUGUACUGCAUGACGAGGAUGGUGCUACUUUUGGCAGCGAAAGUCUCAGCCUUGAUAGUUGUAAUUGUGGAGAGCUCGGGGUUGUUGCAGUCAAAGAUCUUGAUGCCCGGGACUUCACGGGACCCAUCCUGGGCAUCUUUGCUCAGGCUUCAGUCGACGAGACAGAAGAUCCACCGGUUACGUUUUCUCACUUUUCAGUGGAAGACGAUGGAUUUAGUGUGUAG